AUGGGUAUAGAAGAACUCUAUCUGUACAUGAGCUACGCUAGCCAGUUCCAGGACGUCUUGCACAAUUACGGUACCGCCAAUCUGAAGACGCUGCAGGAUAUUGCGCAAACAUACCGCCCGCAAAGAAUAUUCCGAACGUUGGAAACCGGGGUACUUCCAGUUGAAUGGGCGGGUAGGCUGGUAAACGAUACUCGCAUUGAGGACGGAUCGGGGUAA